AUGGCUAAGUGGAUUCUGAUCGAGGAAAUAUCCCAAUCUGGCAAGAAGAACCGUGGCUCAACAGAAUCCGACACAGAGCUGGUGUCUCCUGCGAUCGUGAUUGGGCCGAGGAACACAACGGUGGUGGCCGGGAGGGAGGUCACGCUAGAGUGCAUCGCCAACGGCAGACCCGUGGACAGGCUGGUGUUGUCGUGGCGACGCGAGGGGCGGUGGCUGGCGGGCGGUCGGCGGCUGGUGAUCCCCGCCCCCGUGCUGGCGGACUCCGGGGUCUACGUGUGUGAAGCGCUGCUGAGCAACAGCACUCUGAGGACAGCCGAGGCCCGGGCCCACCUCACCGUGAUGGAGGGGCCGUCCUUCACCUCACUGCCCAAGAGGAAGACCCUGGCCGAGUUGGACAAGAACGUGGAGAUCCCCUGCCUGGUAACAGGCACCCCUCAGCCCAGGAUGGAGUGGUUCAAAGACGCCGUGCCUCUCUCCCGACUGGCCAACCCUCGGUACAAGGUUGCCGCGGCGACGGGGCUGACGGUGCGGCGGGUGCAGCCGGAGGACGGGGGCAUAUACCAGUGUGUGGCGCGCAGCGCCGCGGGGGAGGUCCAGGCACACACACACCUGCAGGUCUCCAGUGUAGCCCCCGCCUUUAUCUCCCCCCCCACCCACCAGGCGGUUACCGAGGGCAACGCAGCCUUGUUUACCUGCCAGGCCAGUGGAGCCCCCAAACCAGCCAUUGUCUGGAGUAAAGGGUCCCAGGUGCUGGCCAGCGGUUCGGUCCGGACCCCCAGGUACUUCCUGCUGGAGUCCGGGGGGCUGCAGGUGCAGCCGGUGGGCUCCCAGGACUCGGGAGAGUACACCUGCAUCGCCUCCAACCCGCAAGGCAGCAUCAACGCCACGGCCGGGCUCACCGUCUGGAGUCGGACCCUCAUCUCCGUGCCCCCGUCAGACCAGCGCGUCAUUAAGGGGACCACCGCCACGCUCGACUGCAACGCCCAGCACGACCCCAGGGUUGACAUCAGCUUCCAGUGGCACCGUAGCGGCACCCUGGUGCGGCCCAGCAGCGGGGGGCGCGUCUCCGUGCGGCAGGGCUCCCUCACCAUCGGCCAGACGUGGUCUGGGGACAUCGGGGACUACACCUGCACCGUCACGUCGCGGGCGGGCAACGACUCCCGCUCGGCGCGCCUGGAGGUCAUUGAGCUGCCCCACUCGCCCCGCUCGCUGGCGGCCCAACUCAACGACUCCGACUCCCGGUCCGUGCACCUGUCUUGGCUCCGCCCCUUCGACGGGAACUCCCCCCUGCUGCACUACCUCCUGGAGCUCUCCGAAAACAACUCACCCUGGAAGGUGUACCUCCCCGAGGUGGAUCCCGCCGUCAACAAGGUGUUGGUGGGCGGGCUCACGCCGGCCAGGACCUAUCAGUUCCGGCUUUGCGCUGUCAAUCAAGUGGGGAGAGGCCAAUACAGCGCUGAGACACAGAGGCUGAUGCUGAGAGAGGAGGCUCCGAGUGCUCCUCCUAAGAACAUCGUGGCCAGCGGCCGGACCAACCAGUCCAUCAUGGUGCAGUGGCAGCCGCCGCCCGAACCCCAGCUCAACGGGGUCCUCAGGGGCUACGUGCUGAGGUAUCGCCUGGCGGGGCUGCCUGGAGACUACCAGGAGAAGAACAUCAGCAGCCCGGAGACCAACUACUGCCUGCUGAGCGACCUGAUCAUCUGGACCCAGUACCAGAUCCAGGUGGCCGCCUACACCGGCGCCGGCCUCGGAGACUACAGCAGCGCAGUCACAGAGUACACUCUGCAGGGAGUCCCAACAGCACCUCCUCAAGAUGUGAACGUGCUGGCUGUGAACUCCACCACCAUACGCUUUACAUGGAACCCCCCUCCACAGCAGUUCAUUAAUGGCAUCAACCAAGGAUACAAGCUGUUGGUCUGGCCCGAGCGAUCUCCCGAGGAAAUCACCAUAGUAACCAUCACUCCGGAAUACCCUGGCUCCCGCCACACGGGGCUGGUGAGUGGACUCAGGAAGUUCACCCGCUACUUUGGCUCCGCCCUCUGCUUCACCACGCCUGGCGACGGCCCCCGCAGCCCGCCCACUCUGCUGCAGACGCACGAGGACGCCCCGGGUCCUGUGAGCAGCCUGAGCUUCCCGGAGGUGCUGGAUACAUCCGUCAGAGUGAGCUGGGAGCAGCCUGCCGACAGGAACGGCAUCAUCACAGGCUACGUGUUGUGGUGGGAGGUGACCGGCGUCAACUCCAGCCGUCUGGAGCGCUCGCUCUCCAACGCCACCCUGCAGCACCAGCUGACCGGCCUCACCUCCGUCACCUCCUACACCAUCCUCGUGGCGGCACGGACCGUCGCCGGGCCGGGCCAGACCACCGCCUCCACCGUCUCCACCGGGGUCCCGCCAGAACUUCCCGGAGCGCCGUCUAACCUUGUCAUCUCCAACAUCAGCCCGCGUUCGGUCACAAUCAGCUUCCGGCCCGGCUCCGACGGGAAAACCGCCAAAUCGCAGUGGGUCGUAGAAGGACAGGUGGUGGAGAUGGAUGGCGAGGAGGUGGCCUGGAAGGUGGUGUACCAGAUACAACACGUCCCUGGCACCCAGCUGCUGGAGAUCCCCGACCUCACACCGUUCACCCAGUACAGGUUUCGCAUGAGGCAGGCUAACAUCGUGGGCUCCAGCCCCCUCAGCGGACCCUCCAGACUGAUCCAGACCCUGCAGGCUGCCCCGGACACGCCCCCUUCCAAUCUCACCCUGCUGGCGGCCACGCAGACCAGCCUACGCGUCCGCUGGAAGCCCCUCCUGGACCACCAGUACAACGGCAGCCCGGACGCGGUGGGCUACCGGCUGCGCGUGCGGCGGGCGGACGGCGCCGGGAAGGAGAAGCUGGAGGAGACCAGCAGCAGCAGCAGCAGCCGCGAGGCCUCGCUGGAGGGGCUGGAGCCCUGGACCCAGUACCUGGUCCAGAUCCAGGCCUUCAACUCCAUCGGAGCCGGGCCCUGGAGCAGCGGCGUCGCCGCGCACACGGCGGAGUCGGUUCCGUCGGGAGCGCCGGUGAAUGUGAGUGCAGAGGCGGUGAGCUCCACAAAGAUUCUUCUCAAAUGGGCUGCUGUCCUUGGGUCACAGAAGAACGGCGUGAUACUGGGUUAUAAGGUGUUGUGUGCAGAGAAAGACUCAAUAGCGCCCCCCAGUGUCUCGGUGGUGGUAGGGGAGAGGAGCGGGACCCUGCUGUUCGGUGUGCUGGAGAAGUACACGCUGUACGCUCUACAGGUGCUGGCCUACACGCGGCUUGGCGACGGACCGCCCAGCAGUCCCGUACUCACCCGCACCAAGGAAGACGUGCCCGGACCCCCAGCCAGGAUGGUGUUUCCAGAGGUUCGACUGACAUCGGUCAGGGUGGUCUGGCAGCCUCCCUCAAACCCCAACGGCAUCAUACUAGGCUACCAGAUCUCCUACAGGCUGGAGAGUGCGGACCCCCAGCGCUGGACCACGGUGGAGGUGGGCUCCAACGCCCGGCAGUUCACCGUCACGGGUCUGUCCCCCCAGCAGAACUACCUGUUCAGGCUGACGGGCCGCACAGCUCUGGGCUGGGGAGAGACCCAGGAGGGGCUGGUCAUCACCACCGAACGCAGAGAACGACCCCAGGCGCCCCGGAAGCUGUCCAUCCCGCAGGAGGAGGUGGAGUCUCGCAAGCUCCGCCUCCACUGGGUGACGGGCAGCGCAGGCUCCUCCCCCCUGAGGUACUUCACCCUGCAGAUGAAGGAGCUGCCCAGCGGGGAGUGGAGCACACACACCGCAGACAUACCCCACAACCUGAGCUCCUGGACCGCCGACAGCUGGCAGCGCUGGCUGAAGGUGCAGGACCUGACCCGGGGGGUGACCUACGCCUUCAGCGUCCAGGCCCGCACCGUCGCCCUCGGACCCCCGCUGCAGGCCAACAUCUCCGCCCAGCCGCUGCAAGGCACUCCCGGUUCGCCGAUGGGGAUGUCAAUCACCAAGUCCUCUUCUUCCCUUGCUCUCCAUUGGACAGAGGGAGAGGCAGGGGUGGGGCCCAUUAGUGGCUAUGUGGUGGAGGCUCGUCCCUCAGAUGAGGGUGUGUGGGAUUCCUUCAUCAGGCUGCUCCCUCCCAGCAGCCGGUCUGCCUCUGUGCCCAUGGAGCGGCUGAGGUCAGGAAUCAGCUACGAGUUUAGAGUCAUAGCCAUUAAUCGUUAUGGCUACGGAGAGCCCAGCUCCCCCUCCACUGCCCUUGCCGCGCUGUCGGAGCGGCCCUUCUACGAGGAGUGGUGGUUCCUGCUGGUCAUGGCUCUGAUCAGCCUCAUCCUGAUCCUGGUUCUGGUCUUCACCCUGCUGCUCCACGGCCACGGCACCAAGUACAAGGCCUGCAGCACAGGCAAGCAUCUGUCGACGGUGGAGGAGUCGGUAACCCUUGACAAUGGAGGAUUCACCGCUCUGGAGCUCAACAGCAGAACACUGAACAGCAAAAACUCCUUCCUCAAGAAGAACGGUACCAGGUCUCCUCCCAGACCCAGUCCGGGGGGUCUCCACUACUCUGAUGAGGACAUCUGUAACAACUACAACGGAGCCGUGCUCACAGAGAGUACCACCCUCACAGAGAAACCCAACGAGGUGUCAGAGUCAGAGCUGACGGACAGCGACUACGAGGACGAGCAGCCCAAGCACUCCUUCGUCAACCACUACAUGAGCGACCCCACCUACUACAACUCGUGGAAGCGCCAGCCCAAGGGCCUGAAGGGGACGCCGGGGCCGGCGGGGGGGCCCUUCGCCUACGAGGACUGCGUGGUGGCGGCGGCGGUGGCGGCGGCGGCGGUGGCGGCCGGGGCGGGCGACGGCGAGCCCUACUACCAGACGGUGGUGACGCAGCACAGCGCGGGCGGCGCCUACACGCCCACGGGCCAGCCGGCGCUCACGCACGUCAACCCCAACACCAACCCCCCCGGCUCGCGCACGCCCCUCACGGGCUUCUCCUCCUUCGUGUGACAUGCGGAGAGAUAGAGAGAGAGAGAGACACACAGAGAGAGAGAGAGAAAGAGAGAGAGAGACACGCACGCCGGUACACACACAUGAAUGCGUUUUGCAUAUUCACCCACGACGGAGGACACGGACACCUGGGUUUGGACACGACGAUGGGGAGGGAAGAGAGGGAGGGGGAGAGGGCGUUGACGAAAGGGACUUCAUGCCCCUGAGCACAUCAAGGUGUGCACUCUUCUCCCCGCGUUUGUGUGUAUGUGUGCGUGUGUAUGUGUGUGUGUAUGUGUGUGUGUAUGUGUGCGUGUGUAUGUGUGUGUGUUUGCACAGAGAUCCUCACUGUGUUUAUGACGCCCCUGCCCCCCCCUCCCCCAAAGCUUGUUAUCCUUCGCACUUCUACGUCACUGUGCUCUGGCUGCGUGCUCACUCCAACACACACACACACUCACGCAGGACCCGACCCCCCCCCCCCCCCCCUCUAGGGUGAAGGCUCUGUGUGUGAGUGUAUGUGCGUGUUGAUGCAACACUCGAUGUGUAGAACGUUCUUUAGGUGAGAUUGUGUGUGUGUGUGUGUGUGUAUGAGUGUGAGUGUGUAAGGGGAUACAUCCAAAAGCGGAGGAACAGAAAGACACAACGAAAGCCAAAACAGUGGGAUGUGGCAUUUCUGCACAAUGCUAAAUAUGUACUUUUUCUCGAUGUGCGCACAAAAACACGAACGACAAAAACACAAAAAAAAAACUCUCUCUCUAUCUCUGUGUGAAUUUCGGACCCUCCCUCAGAGAGAUGGACUUGCAGGGGAGGGGAUCAUGAAUAAGGAAGAGAGUCUUCCCUGGUGUG